CAGGAAGACAGAGAGCGAACGGUGUGUCUCCGUGCACAAGCGACUACCUUUCACUGUUUUUUUAUUUACUUUCAACGGUCUGCAGUGUGGGAUAUGCAUUUUUGCUGAGGUCUAAUACAGGCUGCAUUAGAAGAUCCCACAAGGAUGCAGUGGCGUCUGUUGGUGCUGUUGACAGGCUUGAUCUUGGAUCACACCAACGUUCCUGAGGACAAUGAUGACAUCGUCACCAACAUGAGGAUGCACGAGUUGCAGGAGGGCGCUAACCUGGUGCAGGAGCCGGAGGCGGUUGCCACGACACCGAAGGACCACCUGGAGACUCACUCCGUCCUGCGAGCAGAGGACCAGGAUUUGGGGCACGUUAAGACUUCGGAGCCACACCAGCCUGAGCUGCAGGUCGAAGAGUCGUCGUCGAAAGAGGAUCGUUUCACGGAGAGCGAGACGGAGACGAAGUCACCUGAGCCACCCCCCGUGGAACAUCCCGACACAGAAGACGCAGAACAGUCAGAGAACGGAGAGCCGUCAGGUGUCGGCGAGGAGCACUCCCCACAGCAGGAAGUUGUCACGGAACAUCAUCAACAUCGUCCCCCUGAAGAACCAGAACCAGAGCUAGAGUCGCAGAACAGAAAACUUGCAGAUGGUGAGGUAGACGACCCCGAAAUGUCUGAAAAUGUUGUGAGCGAUGAGGCAGAUGAAGAAACACGCCCGUCUCAGUCUGACGUUAGCGACCCUGACAUGAACUCAAAGGCAUCUGAGGUUCAAGGUGCGUCUCAUCGCGGUGAACAGUCGUCAGAAACAGAGAAGCAACCAUCUCAGUCUGACGUUAGUGACCCUGAUAUGAACUCAAAGGCAUCUGAGGUUCAAGGUGCAUCUGGUGAACAGUCGUCAGAAGCAGAGAAGCAACCGUCUCACUCUGGCAUUAGUGACCCUGGACAUGCAGAGAAGCAAUCAGGUAGCAAUGUCGGGAUCAGGUCACAGACAAAACCUGGACAAAGUCAAACUUCUAAUAAUAGCACUGAUUUCAUGUGGCACCUCCUGAACAUCUACUCCGUAUUCUCCGUCAUCGCCUACCUCUACGGACGCCUGAAAGGCAACUCACGGGACGGGGAAACACCCGAACAGCCGCAACACCGCGACCUCCAGGCCGCCGCCGCCGCGGCCCACGCCAUCUCGGCCGAGAUCUCCGUCCCGGAUCGGGAGACCCUGACGGGCUUCUACGACCGCUACGUCCACGUGGCCCCCCACGAGAGCCGGCGGGUGUGCGAGUUCGUGGAGGGCUUCGUGGACGACCUCCUGGCCGCCGUCCGGGAGACGUCCGGCGACCGCGCCGACGUGGAGGUGGACGACUUCGUCGAGGUCGGGAGCCUCUACGAGACCUGGUGCACGGGGAAGACCUUGACCUGCGACCUCUGGGUGCCCGUCACCCCCCGCGAGCCGUACAGCUUCCAGGCCCAGCUGUCGCCGGCGACCGACCAGGACGGACACGCCGACGAGGUGCGUUCGGGCUACGGGCGGGUGAAGGUGCGUGAAGGCGGGCGAGGCGCUGCCAACGGAUGCCCGUGCGGUCAGACUGGUGAAGACAACGACAUGCUGUGCCUUCUUCACACCCACGAGAAGAAGGAGGAGAAGAGGGCCGAGGUGACGGACGCCAUAGACGCCCCCCUGUGCUGCGAGAACACGCCCUUCCUGUCCAGGACCGACGUGGCCAAGUGGUUCCGGUCAGCCGUGCGCAAAGCCUGGGAACAGCAGAUGUCGCACAAGUACGAGCUGGAGCUGACGUUCCGGAACCGGGACUCGCCGGGCGCUUUGCGCAUCCGGUUCCGCUCGGGGAAGGCGGUCCACUUCAACGUCACGCCCGUGGUCAAGUUCGAGGACACGGACGUGUGUCUGGUCUCCUGCCUCGGCCCAAAGAGGAGGAGGAAAGACGGCGAGCCCGAGCCCGAGCCGGUGGUGGAGGCCCAGCGGUGGCCGCUCUCGUUCGCCCGCUACGAGAAGAGCCUCCUCGCGCUCCUCGGCCGACGCCUGCCGCCCGACGCCUGCCACCUCCGCUGCCUGCGGAUCCUGUCCUUCCUCCACAAGACGCAGGUCGGCAUCACCGGUGAGAGCGGCCUCUCCAGCCACCACCUCAAGACCGCCGUGCUGCGCCUGCUGCUGGACAAAGCGGCGUCGCCGUCGGAAUGGGGCCCGGAGCAUUUGGCCGGCCGGCUGCGGGACGUGCUGGAGCUCCUCAAGACGAGCCUGCGGGAGAGGUGGCUCGGCCACGCUCUCGUCGGCAACCCGCUGGUCCCUCGAGAGCUCGGGCUCCCGGCGAACGUGCGUCGGUCAAAGCCUGUUAAUGUUCUACAGCCGCUGUUGAGCCAGGAGCGGGUGUACACCAGAACUGUGCAGCACUUUGAGGAGAUGCUGAGGAACAUGCCCGUCCUGAUAAAGGAGUAUAUGGACAUACCAAACAAGGGGAACUCCAGCUCGUGAAAGAUGUGAUUUAGACAAAGACUGGCAUAAUUGCGAACUUUGCGUGUUAAGCCCAACGGUGGGUUGAUAAGUCAGGCUCCAACUUCAGUAUUGUCAUCUCUACAGUAUCAUAUUUACAUGUGAGAGAAGUGAGAAGACCAAUGGAUCAGUGUAUGUAAGCUUGGCAUCACUCUAAAACCAGUAUUUCUAGUUCCAACACCAUACCCAGUUAUAAAAUCUACUAUAGAAAUGGUAAUCUGUCCAGUCAUCCUUUAUUGAUGCGCCUUAACCUUUGAAUAAAAAAACACAGGCAGAAAUGCCAUGCCGUAGACAAGGAUAAGGAUGCGGCCAGCAGAAAGCCCUGCCCUUAUUAAAACCCAAAUAAAGAACAUUUGUAAAAACUCAUGUCCUUAUAUUGACAUUGUCAUCCUCUGAAUUUGUGAACAAGAGAUGUUUAUUUGGUAAACCAGUCAUUUAAUAACGAUCAUGUUUAAACUGACACCAA